CCUCCCCAAACCCUCAAACCCUCCUACCCACCUCGACAUACAAACUCUGUGAGGCUUCACGUGUUCUGUUGAUGUUUAGCCUCGAGGCAGACUAACUCCACCCUGACAUCAAGAAGAUGGAGGAAGAGGAUGGAGCAGGAUCUGCAGCAUCCAGCUGUGUGUCUGUGAGGAGUGACCGGUCCAAAGGAGAACCUCGACAGUUCAGUAAUGAACCUGCAGCAACAAUAGCUUCUGCACAGUGUGGAGAAAGAUCCAGAAGCAGAGCUGGACUGCAGACAGCCAGUCAGAGCAGCUGUGUACAAACAGAUGUUGGUCUGCAGGAGGUUUUAGAUGAACAUAAGAUCAGUCUGAGGAGGAGAUGUGAACGUGUGACUGAAGGAAGUGAUGAAACAGGAAGUAGAACCCUCCUCAACACCAUCUACACUGAACUCUACAUCAGAGAGGGACAGAGUGAAGAGGUUCAUACCCAACAUGAGGUGAGGCAGCUGGAGACAGCUUCCAAGAUGGACGCCCUCCAUGACGCUCCAAUCAGGUGCCAGGACAUCUUUAAAGCCUUACCUGACCAACAGAGACCCAUCAGAGUGGUUCUGACCAACGGCGUGGCUGGUGUUGGAAAAACCUUCUCAGUGCAGAAGUUCACUCUGGACUGGGCAGAGGGCUUGGAGAACCAACAUGUCAGUGUGGUGGUUCUGCUUUCAUUCAGGGAGCUGAACCUGAUCAGAGAUGAGCAGUACAGUCUUCUGGAGCUGCUCCAUGUUUUCCAUCCAACAUUACAGAAGGUCACAGCAGAGAAGCUGGCUGUCUCUCAGCUUUUGUUCAUCUUUGACGGCCUGGAUGAAAGCAGACUUUCAUUGGAUUUCACCAACAGGAAGCUGCUGUCUGAUGUCACACAGAAGUCAUCAGUCAGCCAGCUGCUGACAAACCUCAUCCAGGGGAAUCUGCUUCCCUUGGCUCUCGUCUGGAUAACUUCCCGACCCGCAGCAGCCAAUCAGAUCCCUCCUACAUGUGUUGACAGGCUAACAGAAGUACGAGGCUUCACUGACGCCCAGAAGGAGGAGUACUUCAGGAGGAGAUUCAGUGAUGAAGAGCUGUCCAGCAGAAUCAUCUCCCACAUGAAGACAUCCAGGAGCCUCCACAUCAUGUGUAGUAUCCCAGUCUUCUGCUGGAUCACUGCUACAGUUCUGGAGCACAUGUUGACUACAGAGCAGAGAGGAGAGCUGCCCAAGACCCUGACUGACAUGUACUCACACUUCCUGCUGGUUCAGACAAAGAGGAAGAAGAACAAGUACCAUGAGGGACAUGAGACGAGUCCACAGGAGCUGACGGAGGCUGACAGGGAAGUUCUUCUGAAGCUGGGGAGGCUGGCGUUUGAACAUCUGGAGAAAGGAAACAUCAUGUUCUACCAAGAAGACCUGGAGCAGUGUGGUCUGGAUGUGACAGAGGCCUCGGUGUACUCAGGAGUUUGUACAGAGAUCUUCAAAAGAGAGUGUGUGAUCUUCCAGAAACCAGUCUACUGCUUUGUUCAUCUGAGCAUUCAGGAGUUUCUGGCUGCUGUCUACAUGUUCCACUGUCACACCAACAGGAAGACAAAGGUGCUGAAGAACUUCCUUAAACCAAAAUCUUUAAUUAAGAUGAUUUCCAGUCUUUUUGAUAACAAAGAUCUCCAAUCACUUGAUGUAUUUCUGAGGAGAGCCAUGGAGAAAUCCCUCCAGAGUAAAAAUGUCCACCUGGACGUUUUUGUUCGCUUCCUUCAUGGCCUCUGUCUGGAGUCCAACCAGAGACUCUUAGUAGGUCUGCUGGGUCAGACAGAGACCAGUCCAGAAACCAUCCAGAGAGUCAUCAACAACCUGAAGAAGAUGAACAGUGAUAAAAUCUCUCCUGACAGAAGCAUCAACAUCUUCCACUGUCUGAUGGAGAUGAACCACCUCUCAUUAUUUCAGGAGAUCCAAGAGUUCCUGAAGUCAGAGAACAGAUCAGAGAAGGAACUCUCUGAGAUCCAGUGCUCAGCUCUGGCCUUCAUGCUGCAGAUGUCAGAGGAGGUUCUUGAUGAGUUUAACCUGCUUAAGUACACUGUAAAAUGUAAUAUUGUGUUUAAUUAAAAAUAUUAAAUAGGC